AUGUGGCAUGAUGAGCAUGUUCUUCAAUUGAAUUUUACAUCUAGUCAAUAUAAUUUACUUGGUGAAAUUAAAACAAUCUUAGAUAUAUCAUCGACUCGUGAUUCAACAAUGAAGAAGAAAGAACAAUUGCCGUCUCAACCAGUUCCCGUGUCCAAGAAUGACCAAAGUCAAGAACAACAACUUGUUCAACGAAUUAAUAUUCUUGAACAAUGUUUACAUGAUAUGGACAAGUAUGAAGAGCAAUUAAUAGCUUUUUGUGGUUUAUGGGAAGAUUAUCCUCAUAAUCGUUAUCGCAUGGAAUUUUGUAUUGAGAUGGGUCAAUUAAUUGGUUAUUCCAACAUUAAUAAUAGCAAAGCAUUAGCAAGUUAUGAUGGUCGUAUAAUAAAUAUGAUUAUUGUAUAUCCAAAAGAAACAGGUCGUUCAUUAGAUCAUUAUCGGGGUCGUCUUGGUUGGAAUCGAAAAUAUAUUGUAUGGGAAAAAGAAGAUUCUUCUCGUGAAAGUGGUUGGCGUUCAACUCGACGAUGGAUCAAAAUUGAAUAA